AUGGACUUAGGAACCCUUAAAGAGUCUUGCAGCCAGUACAAUAAUCCAAGCAAGGUAAAGCUCACGUAUGGGACAGCAGGCUUCCGCGCAGAAGCAUCACUUCUGCCAUCGACAGUCUACAGGUGUGGGCUGUUGAUGGCAUUGCGGGCUCUGAAGACUGGGGGUGUGACUGGGUUGGUGGUCACUGCCUCACACAAUCCAGUGGAGGACAACGGGGUUAAGCUGGUGGAUCCAACAGGCUAUAUGCUUGACCAAGCCUGGGAGGCUUGGGCCAACAAGCUUGCUGCGGCGGAUGAUGAGGAUGGCACUUGCGCAGUUGUCCAGGAGCUCUUCCAGGUCGAAGACAUUCCCUAUGGAUCUUCAACAGUGAUGCUGGCGCACGACACGCGUCCGAGUGCGGACGCGUUAGUGAAGGCGGCGGCUGCCGGCGUGGCCGCGAUGGGGAGCCUGCCGAUAGCCUGCGGGCAGCUGACGACGCCGCAGCUGCACUGGAUGGUGCGCCAGUGCAACGCCGGCCUCAAGCACAAGGAGAAGGCCUACUAUGAGGCCCUCGCCACAGGCUAUGCGCGGCUCGUAUCCGGCCACCCCGCCCCCAGCGAGGGUUUGAUCGUGGACUGCGCAAAUGGGGUUGGGGCGGCAAAGCUGCAGGUGCUGGCGGACCGGCUGGCUCCGGGGCUCUCGGCGGAGCUGCGCAAUACCGGCGCAGAGGGUCUCAACGACUGCUGCGGCGCUGAUUUUCUGCAGAAGGAGCGGCGGCUUCCCGCCGGCUUUCAGGAUGUCCCCGAGGGCGCCAGGUGCGCCAGCCUGGACGGGGACGCGGAUCGGCUGGUGUACUUUCAGCGGCGUGGUGCAGCCGAUGAGGUGCACCUGUUUGACGGCGAUCGCAUCGCCGUGCUGGCCGCGCUGCUGGUCAUGGACCUGCUCAGAAGUCUGAUUACAGCCGAGCAGCCGCCGCCCACGGUGGGCAUUGUACAGACGGCGUAUGCGAACGGCGCCUCGACGGCAUACAUAGAGGAGAAGUUGAAGUGCGAGGUGCGGGUGACGCCGACGGGUGUGAAGCACCUGCAUGCGGCCGCAGAGGAGUUUGACGUGGGCAUCUACUUCGAGGCCAACGGCCACGGCACCGUCCUGUUCAGCGCGGCUCUGGUGCAACGCUUGCACGAGCUGGGCGAUGAUUCUGGGCCGGCAAAGGCUCUGCUGGCGUUGGUGGACAUGGUGAAUCAGGCGGUGGGGGACGCCCUCUCGGGGGUAUUACUUGUGGAGGCAGCGCUGCGAAGGAAGAAGUGGGGCCUCCCAGAAUGGGCCGCCCUCUACACCGACCUGCCUAGCCGCCAGCUCAAGGUGAAGGUGGCGGACAGGAGCGUGGUGACAACCAGCCAUGCAGAGACGAGGGUGGAGUCCCCCAGCGGCUUGCAGCAACUCAUAGACUCCGCCGUCGCAGCAGCACCCUCAGGGCGCGCGUUUGUGCGGCCGAGCGGGACAGAGGAUGUAGUGCGGGUGUACGCCGAGGCCGCAACGCAAUCGGCCGCCGAUGACCUGGCGCGAUUAGUCGCCCGCCACGUCCACAGCAUCGCCGCCGGCGUCGGGCUGUCCCCAUAA